AUGUAUUAUACGGAAUUAUCUAUACUUGCCAAAUGCAUCGCUCUAUGUAUUUUAACGUGUUUUCCUAUUCUUAUACAAGCCCAGCUUACAGGAACCGUUACACGAUGCUACAAUGAAGGCGGCGAAGUGAAGAUUCAAGGAAUUACUACAGACCCCUGCAUUUCCUGCUAUUGCAUGGAUGGUUAUGUCCAAUGUGAUAAGAAAAAAUGUGACAACUUAGAUGGAUGUCAUGCUAUUUUAUUUGAUGGUCCCAAAAGAUGCUGCGACACUUGCAAAGGUUGCCGAUUAAACGGAGUCAAACACGAAAGCGGUAAAUCUUGGUUCGAUAAACGUGAUCGCUGUACUUCCUAUUCCUGCAAGGCUGGAGUCAUUACUAAAUCCAAAGUCCAAUGCCACGUUCCCUGUUCCAAUCCGAUCAAACGAAAACGACAAUGUUGUCCGUCUUGCAAAGGUUGCCAUUUUGACGGUGCCGACAGAAAAAAUGGUGAAAAAUUUGCCCUCGCAUCUGAUCCAUGUGUUGAAUGCAAGUGUAGGAAAGGAAGUGUUACUUGUAUGAAAAGAGCUUGCCCUGUUUUGAAUUGUCCCGAUGAAGUCAUUUACCAACCAAAAGGCGAAUGUUGCCCAAAAUGCAAAGGAAUGAGAAAGAUUUUUGACUUCCCUGGUGCCUGUUAUUUCGCUAAACGUGUUUAUGUGGAUGGUUUUUCUUUUGAACCUAAAUCCGAAACAAGAUGUACCUGUACGAAAGGAACAGUUAUUUGUGAAAAAGCAACCUGCCCUCCCGUAGCAUGUCCAGUAGAAGAGCGAGUACAGAAAGGCAGCUGUCAAGUUUGUGAACCCAAAAGAAAUUGUUUAUAUGAUGGAAAAAUUCACAUGCAUCGAUCAAAGUGGCAACCCAGAAUGUGUACCCAAUGUUCUUGUCAAAAUGGAGUAACCUACUGUCAAAGAGAAAGGUGCAACAAUUCACUGUCGUGUCCCAAUGGCUAUAAACUUCAAUUUCAACCUGGUGAAUGUUGUCCUAAAUGUGUUGAACAUGAUGCCGUAUGCCGAGUUUUUGGUGACCCCCAUUAUAGAACCUUCGACGGAAAGAUGUAUAACUUCCAAGGUACCUGUAAAUACAUGUUGAGUCAAGAUUGUCAAGGCAAAGAUUUUACUAUCAAAGUGAAGAAUGGUGUGCGGUUAUCCAGUGGUUUUGCUUGGACUCAGAUGGUCGUAGUGUUAAUGGGAGAUACAAGAAUCAGCUUUCGUCAAAAUCUACUCAUCAAAAUCAACCGCCGUCGAGUUCAGCUUCCUUACACCAUUCCGGGAAAAUUCAGCAUUCGUCGUGAAGGUCAUUCUGUAACAUUCCGGGCUGAUAUUGGUCUAAAGGUUGUCUGGGAUGGUGACAGUUUCCUGGAAGUCACUGCCAGUAGAAAAUACAAGAACCGACUCUGUGGGCUGUGUGGAAACUACAAUGGACUCGAAACCGACGAUCUGAUCGGUCGCAAGGGGAAGAAUUAUCUACGAGGUGAAGAAUUCGGAAAUUCCUGGAGAAUUGGAAGUAAGAAAGCCUGCAAGACCCAACCAAAAGUUAAGAAUCUCCAAUCUAUUUGUGAUAAAGACUUCAAAGCCAAAGUUCGAGCCAACAAAGAAUGCAGUGUCCUUUAUUCCCGCGCUUUCUCAUCCUGUCGACGAGUUGUCGACGUGACUCCUUACGUCACUUCCUGUGUUACCGACAUGUGUGAUUGCCCCCAUGGAAAGAAAUGCUCCUGUGAAUCCAUCCAAGCCUACGCCCACGAAUGUAAACGAGCUGGCCAUAAAGUGAAGUGGGAGAAAGUUUCAAAUUGCAAAGCUCCACAAAAGAAUUGUCCCAAAGGCGCUUACUACUCAUUAUGUGCACCAGCCUGUCCCAAAACCUGUUCCAGCAACAAACCAGACGGAAGCUGUUCCAAGAAAUGUUCCCCAGGUUGCGUCUGCCAAAAUGGUGCUGUUUUAUACAAAAACAGAUGUAUUUCUCCAGAGAAGUGUCCAAAAACGUAG